AAAGGUUGAGUGACCCCGAGGCGAGCAAGGCUGGGCGGCGCGGUACGUCGGAGGCGAUGUGUACUUUCGCUUUUACUUUCUCCCCGGACUUUCUUCCCAACAAAGGCGGCUGGGUGCUGGCGUAUGGAUGAUUGGAUGAGGGUGCGGGUGUCUGUCUGAGUAGCUCCCUGACAUGGAGGGGAACCAGCAGUUCUGUUUGAAGUGGAACAAUUAUCAUGUCAACAUAGCCAACUCAUUUGACUCUCUACGAGUGGAUGAGGACUUUGUGGAUGUCACACUGGCCUGUGAUGGCUUUCACAUGAAGGCUCACAGAAUGGUUCUCUCUGCAUGCAGCCCUUUCUUCAGACAGCUGCUUAAGUCCAACCCGCACCCGCACCCAAUCGUGAUCCUGCGAGAUGUGAGCCAGCAGAACAUGGUGCUCCUGCUCGACUUUAUGUACCAUGGUGAGGUUAAUGUGGCCCAAGAGCAGUUGGCUGAGUUCCUCAAGGUGGCGGAGCUGCUCAAGGUCAAGGGCCUUGCUGACGACAAGCGGGAAGAGGGCAGCGGCUCCAACGGACAGUCCAGCCGAGUGGCCACCCCUAGUGCGUCGCCGGCGGCGUCCGGCGCCCCGCCCGCCGAGGAGCCGCCGCCGGCCAAGCGCCCCCGGCUGCCGUCGCUGGUGCACGCGACCGCCGCCACGCCCGCCUCGCAAGCGCCGCCUCUCUUUGACCCCAGCGCCGUUAAGCGUGAGGCGGCUGAGAGCCACGCCCCAGGUUACGCGCCGGCCGAGAGAGGGGGCGAUGAGCACCUGCGUGUUCUGCCUCAAACUAGUCUGGUCGGGGAGGAGGGCGGCGCCCUACUGCCCGCAGAAGUGUCCAUAGAGGACGUGGAGCAAACAUUACCUGCCGAAGCUAGUCGAGGUCAGUCGGUGACCGGCGCCGGCCCUUCCUCCCUGCCGUUCGAGGCCAGCUCCGACCCGCUGAGUCGGAUGUUGACCUGCCCCCACUGUCCCCACCUCUCCAGCAACUACGGCAAGCUCAAGGCCCACAUCGGCAAGGUUCACUUCCCCGUGCCCGUUAGCUGCACCGACUGUGGCAAGGUCUGCAAGAACAAGUACGCCCUGCAGGCAAUACAGAAGGUUUGA